AUGGGUCACGAAGAUGCCGUCUACCUUGCCAAAUUGGCCGAGCAAGCCGAGCGUUAUGAAGAAAUGGUCCAGAACAUGAAGAUUGUCGCUUCCUCGAAUCGGGAACUAACAGUAGAGGAGCGCAACCUGCUCUCUGUUGCCUACAAGAACGUCAUCGGUGCCAGACGUGCCUCCUGGAGAAUCGUUACUUCCAUCGAGCAAAAGGAAGAAUCGAAAGGAAACGAGGCUCAGGUUACCCUCAUCAAGGAAUACCGUCAGAAGAUCGAGGCCGAGCUGGCCGAUAUCUGUGAGGAUAUCCUCAAGGUUCUCGACGAGCACCUCAUUGCCUCUGCUGAGACCGGAGAGUCCAAGGUCUUCUAUCACAAGAUGAAGGGAGACUACCACCGUUACCUCGCCGAGUUCGCUCUCGGUGACAAGCGCAAGGCCUCCGCCGACAACUCUUUGACUGCCUACAAGAACGCCACCGAGGUCGCCCAGACUGACCUUGCCCCAACUCACCCCAUCCGCUUGGGUCUUGCCCUCAACUUCUCCGUCUUCUAUUAUGAGAUCCUCAACUCUCCUGACCAGGCUUGCCACCUCGCCAAGCAGGCCUUUGACGACGCUAUUGCUGAACUCGACACCUUGAGCGAGGAGAGCUACAAGGACUCCACUCUCAUCAUGCAGCUUCUCAGGGACAACUUGACUUUGUGGACUUCCUCCGAAGCCGACCCCACCACCGAGCCUCAGGCUCAACCCCAGGCCGCCCAGGCCCCAGCUGAGGUCAAGGAAGAAGCCCCAGCUGCCACCGAGGAAGCCGCCAAGGAGUAA